AUGCCUCUAAAAAGAACCAACAAGAAGGCUGAGGACAGCAACAGGAAACUGCAGAUCAAGCAGUAUAAGAUUCCUGGAUUUGAGGAAGAGAAGAAGCCGAAGAAGACACAUGGUUUCUGGAACGAGACCAAAGAGUUGAAAGGUGCACACAAGAAGGCAUGGAACGACAUUGUCAAAAGUGUCAACAACGUGACACCUGGCGAGACAGAGCUGUCUUACGAAACUUGUCGCCGUAAGAUGUUGAGACUUGUAGACAUCUACAAGGGUGCAUUCGAAGAGAAAACUGUUGUUGGUACCUCAAGCACAAACAAAAACAGGCCAGAGAUAGAGAAGGCUGUCAGUAGGGUCCUUGACAAGCACGAGGCGUUCAAUAUUUCUGGUCGCCAACAGGAGAUUGGCAGGCAGGAGUUGAAGCUUGGCCUCGAAGGCCAUCUACAGUCCAUCACGUUGGGAGCUCCUGGCCGGAUCACAAAUCUCAAGCAAGUAUACCGAGAUUUUGUCAGGAAUAACAAUGCAGACAUGCAAGAGGAGUUCCCAACAGAGAGCUCUGCUAUGUCUGCUGCCCGACCAGUUAGUCGAGCUUGCCCAGCUAGCAUUGAGGAUGGAGAGGGUGAGAACGCGGAUGAGGAACAUCCGAAAGUGGGAUAUGAAGCCUCAGAGUCCCAGGUCGCCCGCCAAGCUGAAGCCAUGGGGGUGCUGAAGCAGAUACUUAAUAAUAUGUGUGAUAUUGAAGAGAAAUUGAAAAAAGCCAAAAAAAAAUGA